CUACUCCCUGCUGUUUCACUACAGUAUAUAAUGUAUACAGUGCUAAUUGUAGAAACAAAUUAGGCCUGGGAAAUAUGACGAUAUAUAUCGUGUGAUAGAAAAACGUAUAUCGUUUCAUAUUAUGCUCUAUCGCUUAUUUCGUUGUGUUGCAAAUCACUCUUUAUGGCAAUAUUUUUGUCAAUUGGACGACGCUUUGCAUUCUUGGAAGGAAAUAUGAAACACAAACACACAUGGAGAAGAGUGAACGUGACACAGCACGGAGACACGGAGCUCGUACCUAAAAGAGAGGCUACCUCGAUCGCAUGGACGUGGUUUGGGUAUGAAAAGUCUUACACGGACAAGAAAACCGUCCUCUACAAAAUAUGCCGCAGGCCGGUCCCGAAAACAGGCUCAAACAGCACUAACCUCUUUUACCACCUACGCAAUAAUCAUGUGAAACAGUUCGGAGAUAAUAAUGUGAAACAGUUCGGUGAGAGUCUAUGGAUGAGACCGAAAAAAGUACAGUCGUGCUAAAAACCAAACCCCCGACUCAGGCGUUGCAAGAGGCAAACGUUUACCCGCUGCACACCAUAUGGUAAAGAAUCACGAAUAUGGAAGGAGAUAACAGCUGCCGUUACAACUUACAUCUGCAAAGACAUGGCCCCAAUUUACAUGGUUGAGAAAGAAGGUUUCGUGAGCCAAGAGAGAAGCACCACGGCCUCUGAGCACGGUCUGUCUCCAGGGCCCAUCAAUGGCUGCUCUUCCUCCUCCAACCCCCAGCCCAAUGCAGGCAACAGCAGCAAGCCCUGGAGGAGUAAGUCCCUGAACACCAAGCACAGCACCACCUCCUCCAUGCUGUCCGUCAAACAGGACCCUCCCACCAGGCAGCCCGCGGCCACACCCCUAGAGGUCCUCCCUAAAGUCAUCGCCCAGAAGUCCAUGCUGGAGAAAUUCAAGCUUUUCAACAGCAAAGGAGGCUCCAAGGCAGCUGGAGUCCAUACUGACAGGCCGACAGGGCAGGAGACGGAGUCGAUGGAGUCGCGUCCCACCAGCAAUGACCAGCUAGAGGAGGCAGAGGGGAACUCCCGGCCCCCCAGUGUCAUGGCGACCAGCCCCAAGCUUGCCCUGAAGGGCAUUGCCCAGCGCACCUUCGGCAGGGUCCUCACCCCCCAGAAGAGCUCUCUGAAGACUGGGGAGAAGGAGAAGGACAAGGCACGGGAGGGAGGCUCCAAGCGGGGGUUCGUCACAGAGCAGGAGGAGCCCAGGGAUGACACCAGGCAGGAGAGAGUAGGUUCAGACUCAGCGGAGCCCAAGAGGAACACUAAGAGUACCAGCCUCAUCCCAAAAGGAGGCAAGGCUGGCAGUGGCAAAAAGGAGGUUUCAGCCCCAGCAGCACACAGCGGAAUACAAAAGCCAGGGUUCAAGGCAGGGAAGACCUCAGGGGUGCCCUCUUCUGGUCGAGAUGGAGACAGGCCCAGCAGUUUGAGGUCCGGUGGGGGUGGUGGUCACUCGGUGCACAAGUGCCAGCUGGACAGCAGAAGCUCCAGCUCCUGCUCCAGCCUGGCCUCCUCUGAAGGGAGGUCUCACCAUCAACACCACCAUACCAACGGAGCUCCCCCAGUGGCCACCACAGCCAGCAACACCAUCAGUGUCCAGCUACCUCAUCCUCAGCAGCAAUACAACCACCCCAACACUGCCACUGUUGCACCAUUCAUGUACAGGUCUCAGCCUGAUGUGACUGGAGCAGACAUGAUGAUGGAGGCAGCGGGGUCACUGGAAGGUCACAGAGAGACUGCAGCCAUCAGCAAGUCAGCAGACAACUCCCAGGAGGACCUCACAGGUGAAGACCCUGAGGCCAGGCGGUUGCGGACGGUGAAGGGCAUUGCUGAUCUGAGGCAGAACCUGGAGGAGACCAUGUCCAGCCUGAGGGGAACACAGAUUAGCCACAGCACCCUAGAGACCACCUUCGACAGCAGUGUCACCACCGAGAUCAGCGGGAGAGGCAUGCUCAACCUGUCCCCCCGCCCCAACCCAGCGCUGCCCUGGCGACUGUGCCCCUCCAGCCCACGUCUGCAGGCAGGUGACGCCCCCUCUGUGGGAAAUGGGUACGCAGUGGUGAUGCGGAGCAGCUCCAGUGGCAUGGUGAGCCCAGAGGAUGGGCGCUACCUCCGCAGCAGGCAGACACCAGGACAGGAGAGUAACACUGUGUGUGACCUGUCAGACAAGAUGGAAGAGCUGGAGGGCAUUGCCAUAGAGACCACAGGGUACAUGAGCGAUGGGGACGUGCUAGGGAAGAACAUCCACAUGGACAAAGUCACCAGUGGCUACAUGGCGGACGGUGGGGUGGGCAUAUACACACGCCGCCUCAACCGCCUGCCGGAUGGCAUGGCUGUGGUUCGAGAGACACUCCAUCGUAACAGUUCCAAGGGCCAAGGGGACGCCACCGACAGUUGGGACGACAGCAGCUCGGUGAGCAGUGGGGUCAGUGACACUAUCGACACAGAUGACAUCAACACCAGUUCCUCAGUCAGCUCCUACGUCAACACUCCGUCCGCCUCCUGCAAGGACAUAGAGGGACAGCUCCAGACAGACGCAGAGAAGCACCUGGCCUUCGAGCAGAACUCUGUGUGGUCCGGCAGCGACGAGGUCAAGAGGUCAGACGGUGUCUCAGACAACGGGGUUAAAAUGGAGUCGGGCUCCAAGUAUUGCCGCCACCCCUCAGACAUGUCGGACGAGUCGGACAGGAGCUCCUCAGGCCGCAAUACGCCCUCCGUGGCCCACACAGGCUCCUGGAGACGGGGAAUGAGCGCCCAGAUGGGCGUAACCUCCCCCAGGACCAAGGCCCCCAUCACGCCAGGCUGUGCAACUCUGAAGACCCAUGUUACAGGUAAAACGGACGACGCCAAGGUGUCUGAGAAGGGCCAGCAUCAUCUCUCUCCCCGGGCCAAGUGUAGCAUGCAGCGCUCCCCAUCAUACACGGGCCGCAGCAGUGGAGACGAGGCCAAGAAGCCCCCCUCCUCCUCCAGCUCCAGCCGCACCCCCACCACCAACACCUUUGGAUUUAAGAAGCAUGCAGGAGGAGGUAUGACCAUGGUGACAGCCAGCGGAGUGACCAUCACCAGUGGCUCAGCCACCCUGGGAAAGAUCCCCAAGUCAGUGCAGCUCCACGGGGGUCGGGGUCUUGGUCGCCAGGCCAGUGUGGAUGAUGGCUACCUACCUGUGAGCUCACACUCCACCCUGCAGUACCGCAGCCUCCCCCGGCCCAGCAGAGCCUCUGGUGGGGGACGCAGCACAAGCCGCUCGUCCAGCAACAGCAUCGACUCCAAUCUCAGCAGCAAGUCCAACACGCUCCAUGGCCCCAAAAGCCGCAGCCAAGUCCCCAAACCCAGCGCUGGUGGCACCCCCCUUCCUGGCUCUGGAUCCAACCAGACAGACCGGGAGAAGGGGGUGUCCUCUGAAGCCAGUCCCACAGCCCCGGGAGCCAGGCAACCAGGGGGAAAGUACCCAGACGUCUCCUCCCCUACCAUGCGCAGACUGUUCGGAGGCAAGCAGGGCAAGCAGCAUGCCCCAGUCACCACCACAGAGAACAUGAACAACUCCACCGUCAUCUCCAACCUCCACGCCAACUCUGGCCAGCAGGGCGGCGCUCUGGACUCCCCCUCAGCCAGUAGCGGGGGCAGUAGCCCUCUAUAUGGGGGUGGAGGUCGUCUGGGUGUGGAGGCACACUCCCUCUCCCCCCUGGCCUCCAGUCCCAGUUCGGCCCUGUCCACCCCCUCCCACAGCCUGGCCUGGAACAGCACCCUCAGCAGGGACACUCUGAGCCCCGGCUACCCCUCCCUCAGCAGCCUUGCCACCAGCAGCGAGUCCAUCGACCUGUCUCUGGGCAGCGGAGGCCACGGACACCACGGCCCUGGUCACGACACACUGCCAGCCUGCGUCAGGAACAACGGCAUCAAAACUGGCUUCUCAGACAGCCUUAGCCCUCUCUCCUCUCCCUUGGGUAGUCCCAGCCGAAACACUUUACCCCGGAAACAGGACAGGUACGGCCACCUGCCCCAGCUACGUAGUCAUGACGACCACCGGGAUUGGCUGCGUUCCCACUCUGCAGGAGGUCUUCAGGAGUCUGCCGCCAGCUCACCCUUCUACCCCACCUCCAGCCUCACCUCGCCCUCCGGAGCCCGCUUCAACUUCUCCCAGCUUGCAGGCAGCCCUACCACGGCGGCACAGAUCAACCUGGCAAACCUCCGCAGCGGCCUGGCCAAUCAGGACGGUUCGUAUGACCCAUACAGUGACCCCCGUCUGAGGAACUCGUCCAUGUCUCUAGAGGAGAAGAGUCGCACCAUGACCAGCUCUGGGUCCUCCAGAGAAGGCCUGGAGGAGGUCCACGCCUCCUCUGUGUCUCUGGUGUCCAGCACUUCGUCUGUCUACUCCACGCCUGAGGAGAAAGCUCAGUCAGAGAUUCGUAAGCUGCGGAGAGAACUGGACGCCUCCCAAGAGAAGGUGUCUGCUCUGACCACUCAAAUGAGUGCUAAUGCUCACCUGGUAGCAGCAUUUGAGCAGAGCUUGGGGAACAUGACCAUCCGACUCCAGGGACUUACCACCACGGCUGAGCAGAAGGACUCUGAGCUAAACGAGCUGAGGAAGACCAUAGAACACCUGAAGAAGCAGAAUACCGCAGUCCAGGCAGUCAUCAACGGUGACAUCAAUCUCCCAGAGACCUCCUGCAACGGUGAUAGGUCAGCUUCAGCCAAUGAGAGCUCCCAGUCUCACCUGGACCUGCGUAUCCACAGACAGCACUCAUCUGACAGUGUGUCCAGCAUCACAAGCGCCACCAGCCACUCCAGUGUGGGCAGCAACCAGGAGCUGGACUCCAAGAACAAGAAGAAGAAGAACUGGCUGCGGAGCUCCUUUAAGCAGGCAUUUGGGAAGAAGAAGUCGCCCAAGUCUGCGUCCUCCCACUCAGACAUUGAGGAGAUGACCGACUGUUCCCUGCCCUCCUCCCCCAAGCUAACAGCAUAUAACUGCUCCACCACCUCUACACCCAUGCUCCAGAACUCCCACUCCAACUCUUUGAUCUCAGAGUACACAGACAGCGAGGCGGAGAAGGUGAUGGGGCUCCGCAGUGAGCUCCGAGACAAGGAGAUGAAGCUGACUGACAUACGCCUGGAGGCCCUCAGCUCCGCCCACCAGCUGGACCAGCUCAGGGAGUCCAUGAACCGCAUGCAGGGCGAGAUAGAUAGGCUGAAGACCGAGAAUGACUGUCUGAAGAUGGAGAGUCAGGGCAGCUGCAGCAGAGCAGCCUCACAGGCCUCAGUGGCCUCACCCUCAGCGGGCCAGUCACAGCACGGCCUCGCCCUAACAGAGUCCACCAGCCUCGACAUGCUGUUGGAGGACAACGGGGACGGUAGCUCAUGGAAAGAAGGACAACACGUCAAGGUGGUCGUAACUCUGGAUGAGGACACCAAGUGGAAAGAGGACCGUAGACCUCGUCAUUUCCUGAUUGGUUGCAUUGGUGUCAGUGGGAAAACUAAGUGGGAUGUGCUUGAUGGGGUGGUCAGACGUCUCUUCAAGGAGUACAUCAUCCAUGUGGACCCAGUCAGCCAGCUGGGUCUAAACUCAGACUGUGUCCUGGGCUAUAGCAUUGGGGACAUCCAUCGCACCAGUGGGGCUGACACCCCUGAACUCCUGCCCUGUGGAUACCUUGUUGGAGAUAGUGACACCAUCUCUGUCUCCCUCAAAGGUGUGUGUGAGCACAGCCAGGACAGCCUGGUAUUCGAGACACUGAUUCCCAAGCCCCUACUGCAGCGCUACGUGUCCCAGCUGCAUGACCACGGCAGGAUCAUCCUGUCUGGCCCCAGCGGCACUGGAAAGAGCUUCCUGGCCAGCCGGUUGGCCGAACACAUGGUGCUGAGGGAGAGGAGAGAGGUCACCGAUGGGACCAUUGCCACGUUCAACGUAGACCACAAGUCAAGCAAGGAGCUGUGUCAGUACCUGUCUAACCUGGCUGACAAGUGUAAUAGUAUGAGUCAUGGGGUGAACAUGCCCCUGGUGGUCAUACUGGACAACCUGCACCGCAGCAGCUCCCUGGGAGAGGUCUUCAAUGGCCUGCUCAGCUGCAAGCACCACCGCUGGCCUUAUAUAAUUGGAACAAUGAAUCAGGCUACAUCGACCACUCCCAACCUCCAGCUUCAUCAUAACUUCAAGUGGGUGCUGUGUGCCAACCAUACUGAGCCAGUGAAGGGCUUCCUGGGUCGGUUCCUGAGGAGGAGGCUGAUGGAGACAGAGAUCAGCAGCCGACAGCGCAAUGCUGAGCUGGUGAGGAUCAUCGAGUGGAUCCCUACUGUCUGGCAUCACCUCAACCGGUUCCUGGAGUCCCACAGCUCCUCGGACGUCACCAUCGGCCCCCGCCUCUUCCUGUCCUGCCCCAUGGAUGUGGAGGGAUCCAGAGUGUGGUUCACAGAUCUGUGGAACUAUUCCAUCAUUCCCUACAUGCUGGAGGCUGUCCGAGAGGGGCUGCAGCUGUAUGGGAGGAGAGCCCCAUGGGAGGAUCCAGCACAGUGGGUGGUGGAGAGCUAUCCCUGGGCAGCCAGCCCCCUGCAGCACGAAUGGACCCAGCUGCUGAAGCUCCGGCCAGUGGACGUGGGAUUCGAUGGAUACUCCAUCUCCAAAGACGGCUGUCCCAGCAAGCAGCUUCCCCAGGGAGACACUAACGGAGACCCCCUGAUGAACAUGCUGAUGAAGCUAAAGGAAGCGGCCCACUGCUCCGCCAGCACUCAGAGCUACGACAGCGACUCCAACAGCAACCAGGAUCACCAUGACAACACCGUGCUGGACUUAUCACUGGAGUGCACACUAUGAGUCUCACUGGGUCAGAUAAUACUCACUGUGGCUGGGACACAUCCUAACUUGAGAUAACUUUGUGUUAAUCAUCCAUUGACAUCAAUGGGAGACUGAUAUGAGGUUAUGUAUUUGAAGAUGUAUUUGAAGUUAGAAUUUGGACCUCUGUGAUUUCAUAUCUUUAGGCAGACAUAUUGCAUAAUAGCUGGAACUCACUACUUUCCAAAAAGGGGUUUUCAAAGGGUCCUCCUAUGGGGACAGCCGAAGAAGCCUUUUAGGUUCUAGAUAGCACCUUUUAUUCUAAGAGUGUAGGCCUUACAGGGCUAUUACAUUCCGGCCCUGAAGGGAUGAAAUACUUCUGUUUUUUCAUCCUCUCCUUCUAAUUCAGAUCUGGAAACCACUUGAAUACAAUUAACUACCAGAUAGAAACCAAAAAACUGAAAUGUUUCUCCCCUCCAGGACUGGAAUUGAAUAGCCUUGGGCCAUACUGGGUGCUGGUAACCCAAGAUAAAAAUCCCAGUCAAAGUUCAAUAACCUGAAUAAUUUCAACUCAGUACUCUACUAUGUUCAGUGUUUAUUAGGAGUCUGUUUACAAUCACAGGCAAAGACAGUCAACCAUAUAAAUAAAUGACAAAUCUUAUGAGACGUCAAACCUGUUGCCUUGACUGUGACCUAACCUAGGCUAUAGCUCAUGAGAUGUCAAACCUGUUGCCUUGACUGUGACCUAACCUAGGCUAUAGCUCAUGAGAUGUCAAACCGGUUGCCUUGACUGUGACCUAACCUAGGCUAUAGCUCAUGAGAUGUCAAACCGGUUGCCUUGACUGUGACCUAACCUAGGCUAUAGUUUAUCAGAUGUCAAACCGGUUGCCUUGACUGACCUAACCUAGGCUAUAGUUUAUCAGAUGUCAAACCGGUUGCCUUGACUGUGACCUAACCUAGGCUAUAGCUUAUGUGGUCCAAACUGAGUAGCAAUAACUGGAUAUACAUUCACUCAGCUGCAUAGAGCUUUCUAUUUAUUUCUUUUUAUUUCACCUUUAUUUAACCAGGUAGGCAAGUUGAGAACAAGUUCUCAUUUACAAUUGCGACCUGGCCAAGAUAAAGCAAAGCAGUUCGACACACAACAACACAGAGUUACACAUGGAGUAAAACAAACAUACAGUCAAUAAUACAGUAGAAAAAUAAGUCUAUAUACAAUGUGAGCAAGUGAGGUGAGAUAAGGGAGGUAAAGGCAAAAAAAGGCCAUGGUGGCAAAGUAAAUACAAUAUAGCAAGUAAAACACUGGAAUGGUAGAUUUGCAGUGGAAGAAAGUGCAAAGUAGAGAUAUAAAUAAUGGGGUGCAAAGGAGUAAAAUCAAUACAGUAGGGGGAGAGGUAGUUGUUUGGGCUAAAUUAUAAAUGAGCUAUGUACAGGUGCAGUAAUCUGUGAGCUGCUCUGACAUCUGGUGCUUAAAGCUGGUGAGGGAGAUAAGUGUAUCCAGUUUCAGAGAUGUUUGUAGUUUGAUCCAGUCAUUGGCAGCAGAGAACUGGAAGGAGAGGCGGCCAAAGGAAGAAUUGGUUAUGGGGGUGACCAGAGAAAUAUACCUUCUGGAGCGCGUGCUACAGGUUGGUGCUGCUAUGGUGACCAGCGAGCUGAGAUAUAAGGGGGGACUUUACCUAGCAGCUUGACCUGUGUGCAUCUUCUUAGAGGAGAGGCACACACCAUGGUGGACAUAUUUUUUUAUGCUUAACUUUCAAAUGAUGCCUUGCUACUUUUAUAACAACGGUGGUAACACGCAUGCCUUUAAUGAACAUGAUUUCUAUAGAGGCUGUGCAGAGUUUAGGUGCUGGCUGCUAGCUUGUUCAGACUUUGAUGAAAACACAUCCUUUCUGUGCACCUAGCGGGUAGCAAAAAGGUCUAGGCUUUUGUUAGGGAUUUUUUUUAAUCAGUGAUGCUUAUAGGAUUUUUUGGUGCUCUGCUUGGGAAAAUGUGAACUUAUUGACAGAUUUUUUUUAUAUAUAUAUUACCUCAUGAGCGUUUCAAACAGUAUCCCAACCGUGCUUGUUUGUCUUUUAUUCAGCUCAAAACGGAGCGCAAUCCCUGCAUGAAAUGCUUCAACCCAGUGUUUCUCUUAUAGAGGCACUUUGGACAUGUAGACCCACAUCUGAAAGGUCCCAGUCUAGAAAGGAAUCAGAGCGACUGCAUGGCUUUGAGACAGAGGCUGGCGUGUCUAGUCAUUCACUCUGGAGAAUUAGCACCAGGACCAUUUGCAUCAAGUGUUAAUGGGAUCCUCAGUGUUGCUGUAUUGGAGUGACUAGAAUUGAUUCCCUAAUAAGAUGGAGUUUUUUCAGAGUGGCUUAUGCUACUACGAGGCACCACUUUGGUUGCUCCCCCUCACAAGGUCCCCAUUAUCUGCCAGUGUUGUUGCUGUUCAUCCUCUGAGUGUUCUUAGAAACAAAUGCUAUGCAAAUUUCAUUUGGAAUUUUUGACUAAAGCCAAAACAAAAAUUCCCUUCCAUUUUUACGUUAUUGUCAAAAGUUGUAUUGUAAGUACAUUGAUCUGUGAAUAUUUUGAGGUUUGUAUUUUCACUACCAUAUCUUACUGGAUUGUAAAAGGGUGAUGCAAGCACAAAUAGAAAAUGUUUGUUUUUCUUUUCUUGGUCCCACAAAGUUUGGAUGUUGGAAUGUUGUGAAAAGGUGUGCUAUUGAAUCUAGUUGUUAAUAAGGUUUAAUAAUUAUUUGAUAUGUGUAUUUUGCUUAUGUAAAAAAAAAGUCAAUAUUUGAUCUGAAUCCCACGUUUUGAAAACAUUUAUAAAUCUUGUACAGAAAUAGAGUAGUCAUUUGUGUACAGUUUGGUUUAUAGAUUGUAUGUUAAUAUGUUGUCAAUAAUUUAGGUGAAAUAUCAUGAGACUGAGAAUAAAUCUGGUCACGAUACUGUACUUUUCAUUUUUUUGUAUUCAGAGAAAUCCUCUAAAUCAGUGUAAGUUAUUUUAAAUGCAUAAAGUUUUAUUUGAUCUCAUGUGGUUUUAAAUAUUGUUCAGCAAUGUUCAGUGUGUUAAGCCCAGUUCCAUUGUCUCAACUCUGUCUCAAUUUUCUUUUAUUUAGGCUACCUAUGUAA